CCGCUCAGCUUUGCCUUCUUCACUUCACUGCUCUCUCUGUCUCCAUCCUCUGUUAGCCUGUGGCGAUUCCAGGCGUCGCUCUAUCUCUUUCUCCUUGUCUGGCACGCCUUUCGCCUGUCAUUUAGAUGCGCGCACAGCACAUUGCAGACUCACCGAAUAAAUAAAAACAAAACCCACCAUUGAUUGGAAACCGAAGGAAAAAAAAAAGAAAAAAUGUCAGCUUCAUGGAGUCUGGUGAGCUUGCUGUUCUUCGCUUGCUGCGCGCUUCUCGCCGUUCUUGCUGUCGGGUCACCCGAGAGUUCGAAUUUGGAUUUACCAGUCGUCUCUUUCGAUGAAGGGUACGCCCACCUCUUCGGAGAGGACAACCUGGUCCUUCACGGAGAUGGAAAGUCCGUUCAUCUGUCUCUCGAUGAACGCACAGGGUCAGGAUUUGUGUCUCAGGAUCUUUAUCUACAUGGGUUCUUCAGUGCUUCGAUUAAGCUGCCUGCGGAUUACACUGCAGGAGUUGUGGUUGCUUUUUAUAUGUCAAAUGGGGAUAUAUUCGAGAAAACUCACGACGAAAUCGAUUUCGAAUUCUUGGGAAACAUCAGAGGCAAAGAUUGGAGGGUGCAGACCAAUGUUUACGGCAAUGGAAGCGUCGGCAUCGGAAGAGAGGAGCGAUAUAAUCUCUGGUUCGAUCCCUCUGACGAUUUCCACCAGUACAGUAUUCUCUGGACCAAUGCUUUGAUAGUAUUUUACGUGGACAAUGUGCCUAUUAGAGAGGUCAAGCGAACAAAAGCCAUGGGUGGAGACUUCCCCUCUAAACCGAUGACCUUGUAUGCCACAAUAUGGGAUGCAUCCAAUUGGGCUACCAAUGGAGGCAAAUACCGAGUGAACUACAAAUAUGCUCCCUACAUAGUCCAAUUCUCUGAUUUAGUCCUUCAUGGGUGUGCAGUCGAUCCUAUCGAACAUUCAUCAGCAUGCGACGCAGUCCUUCCUUCGGGAUCGAUCCCUUACGCCAUCACACACGAACAGAAAGUCCAUAUGGAGAACUUCAGGAAGAGGCACAUGACCUAUUCGUAUUGCUACGACCGAGCUCGGUACAAGGUUCCUCCUCCAGAGUGUGUGCUAAAUGCAAAAGAAGCCGAGCACCUCCGGUCGUCCGAUCCCGUCACGUUCGGCCAAGGCAAGCGGCGUUUCGUGAAGCGUCGCCACCGCCGCGCAUCAGCUACUUCCAUGUGAGUCAUUGCCAACCCGAUUGUCCAUUCUAUUCUGCUAGGCUGUCUACAAAAUUCUUCCUGUGAAUAGGGCGGAGAGAAGACGAAGGCGAUAUCGAAUCGGUUCGUGUAUAGUUUCGUGAUGUCAUCAUGUUUUGUAGGCCAAAAAGUUUGUCAUUGAUGUUGUUUUUGUCUCAGGCUUUUGCUGAGUUCAGUUUGGUGGAUAUGAGUCAUGUGCUAUGGCAUACCUCGUUGCAUUAUUUUUUGCUUCAAUAAACAUGUUUGUUGGCA